GUUUCCCUUUCCUAGCAGAAGCAAGACUAAAACUCUUGUGGUUAGCUCCACCUGAGCAGCUACAUCAUGCUAUACUCGGAAGGCAGAAGAAGAAAAACAGUGAUUCCUCACUGGAAGCAGCAAUCUGAAGUCUAGAAAUUCAGUGCUCUGUUGUCACGCGAGCCUGCUCUCCAAGUUGUGGAGGAGUCUUCUGUCUUGGCAAGGAGCCCAUUUACAAGGGUAAACCUCAUGCUGGGGCUGAUCCAGUGCCUGCUGAAGACAGGAGGAACAUUUCCACUGGUGUCUGGGAGCCUUGAAUGAGACUUUUCCUUUCCACAUGAAAUAUGUUUGUGAGGCUUUAAAUGUGACAGUCUAUCCAGGACCAACAGUGCAAUACUCCGAAGGAGAUAAUGCUACCCUUUACUGCCACAUUUCUCAAAAGAGAAAGACAGACAAUUUGCUGGCUGUGCGGUGGGUCUUCGCUGCAUCACCUACCCAGGAGUAUCUGAUGAUCAAAAUGACAAAGUUUGGGUCUGUCCAGUAUUAUGGAAAUUAUACUCAUCAUUUCCACAAGCAAAGACUUCAUCUUCUUAAAGAGAAACAUGGAACUAUGUACAAAUUUCUUAUUCUAAGCCUCCAGCAAACAGAUCAAGGACAUUAUAUAUGCAAAGUCCAGGAAAUUGGCAAACACAGGAAUAAGUGGACAGCGUGGUCAAAUGGCACAGCAGCUACUGAAAUAAGAGUGAUUUCACCAAGAUCUUCUGAUGAUCCCACUUUCAAGAAAAACCAUGAAUCUUGGAAGUUUUUUGAAGAUCUGUAUGUGUAUGCAGUGUUUGUGUGUUCAAUAGGAAUCAUCAACGUCCUCCUUUUUACACUGGUCAUUCUUUGUCAGUCACUUCUGAACAAGAGGAGAUCCACAGUGAAGCACUACCUGGUGAAAUGCCCCCAGAACAGCUCCGGGGAGACAGUUACCAGUGUGACAAGCAUGUCCCCUCUACAGCCCAAGAAGGUAAAGAAAAAGAAAGAGAAAGAGAAACUGGAGCAGCCACCAGCCAUCCCUGCAAAAGCUCCAAUAGUCAAUAAUAUUCCUAAGCCCAAGCUCUUGAAACCUCAAAGAAAAUUGACCCUGCCAAAAAUCGCAGAGGAGAAUUUAACAUACGCUGAACUUGAACUUAUGAAGCCGAUUCAGGAAGCCAAAGGCAUUCCCAGUACGACAGUCUAUGCACAGAUACUCUUUGAGGAGAACAAGCUGUAAUAGUUCAUGCCUAUAUAAAUGUCCUUUGUCUGUGUUCUAUUUAAUUCUUGCUGUGCUGUUUAUUUAUAAAAACCAUACAAAUGUCCUUAUUUUUUUUAUUUCCAUUCAUGCACUUCUAUUUCUCUAUGAUACUUUUAAUGAAAUGUACUUGAAAGUAAUCAUAGGAAAAGCAGCUUGUCUAAAAGUGACAUCCCAGAGACACCUUUUGUAGUGUUCAUCCCCUCUCCUUUAAAUGAACUGAAGUUCCACCUGGGGCAUUUUCAGUACUGAACAUUAUUCCUUCUUUGAUGCCAAUAUGACUCCAGUUGCAAACAUCAACAUCUUAGCAAGCCUCCGAAGGACUAGUGACAGGAGCCAUGCAUAUCAGCCUGCUUCUGAAAAUAAAGACUACUGAUCAGAAAAUUUGUCAAUUUAAUGCUCUUUAUCCCAUCAGAAAAAUAUUAGCUCAGUAAAGCUGAGACUUUUUUCUACAGCUAAGGAAGAGGAAAAGCUAAAAUUACUUCUGCUUUUUUUCCCCUCUAGAAAUAGUUAUAAAAACAUAUGGUUUCUGUAUUUUCAAAUUUACUUUCUAAAUGAGAUUGCCUUAAAACAACUUGUUAUUUUUAGUCAAGUUCUCCUUAAGUGCUUGAAAUCAACCAUUUCAAAAUAAUCCAGAGGAAACAUUUAUAGUUAAACUCCAAUGUUUUAAGGAAGAAUAUUUAUAGCUUAGGAACAUUUUCCAGGAUUUAAUCUUUUAGUAAUUCUGAUUGGGAACAGGAAAAACUUGAUAGUGAGUAAAAGACUUUGACAGAACCAGGACACUGGUUUUGGCCUUGAUUUAGAUUGGUGCUUCCAAACCUGCAGAAGUUUCCUCCUGUGGCAUACAUUACUGAGCUACUGAUCUAGAGGAAAAAUUACACAGCUUCUGCUUUGGUAUAGAGCAGAGUCUGUUAAUGCCCUACUCUGGUGUUAUUUCUCUGGAAAGACCAGGGCUCAGGAGAUAGGGAAAUGAGCCUAAUGUGAGAGCACAAAAUGUUUUUCCUCUUUCUUCACCCCUUGGUAAGUGAGAGAGGAUUCUUCCUUUUCCUGUGAUAGACAUUCAUGGAAAGCAGGCUAUUCUGUGGCAGCCUGGGCAUUUCAGUCAUGAAGGAUAGCUGGACCGAUGUUUUCAAGCUUCUAAAUUUCCAAUGCCCAGAUUCCACCACAGAUCAGGGAGAGUUGGGUACUCAACAUCUUUCAGCCCUUAGGAAGCUUUAGCCCUUGACUAACUGCACAGUUAAUGGAGAUGCAAAAGCAUGGGCUCUUUAGCUCACCAUCAGAGCAUGCGGAUCUGAUACUUGGAAUGUGCCAGCUCUUCUCCAGGUCUGGGAGGUCACUCAUUCAGCAGUAUUUAGUGUGGAUUUUGGAGUAGCACUUGUAGCCCUUGGGUUUUGAAAUCCUAACCAAGGUGAUCCAAGUUGCUUCCUCCUUCACAGGUCAGGCCUUUUUAGUGAUACAGCCACUUCCAACCAGGGCUUAGAGGACAGCUGGGAACCAUUGUGGGAAUACACAUACCCUUAUUCCUGUUACUCUGUGGGAGCGCAGGAGAGGAAGGCAGUGGUGACAUUGCAGGGAUGGGGACACAUGACAAAGGGAGAGAGCACAUCACUGCCUUUUGGAGGGUUUGACCAGAAUAAGAGAGUCUGUAUAAACUGGUUUUUAACUUUUUUAAAAAGGGAUAGAGAUUAGGCAGCAUACAGAAUCUGUUACUGUAUAGUCAGGAUGUGUAAAUGUAAAACACAGUCACCUGCUUCCAUGUUGGUUAAAAUUCUCUUGUAUGAAAAAAAAAAUUAAGAAAAGCUUAUCAGGCUGGCCAUUACGUAUGGUACUAAUUCCAACUCUAGUCCCUCAUCCAAACAGUUCUUUCCAAACUAAGGCCAGCUUUUAUCAAUAGGUUUUGCUAGUAAUUGUUUGCAUUUUUAAUGUUUGUAUUUGCAAGCUGGCAAGGAAAUGUUUGUUUCAUCUUUUCAUUAUCCCAGGAGUUUAAUCACCCACCAAAAAGGAAUGGUAUCUUUCCUUGUUUUCUGAACGGUUGAUGGACUUUCAAUAACAACAGCAAUCAACUCACUGACCAAAAAGAAAUUGGUGCUAAAGAGUGCUCAAACAUUCAGGGAUCAGUUUUGGAACAGCCAGAGUCUGACUGACAAUUCAGAGAGGACAUCUUGUAUUGCAGUCAGCUGUAAGGAAGUAUAGAACUUAUUAGUAAUUCCUUUGAAAUUAAAAAUAAAACCCUAACAUUAAUCAGUCAACCACUUAGUAGUUAAAACAUUCUAAAGUUUGGUAUAUAAACAUUCCUUUUACAUACAAUUGGACAUUGUGCCCAGUGUUCAGAAAAAUCCUCUACUGUAUGUCUAUGCCCAAUAUUUUAAUGAAUACCAUUCUUUGUGUAUUAAUAUUCUAUAUAGUCUUGUUUAUGUUUGAUAUCUAAUUCCCAAAAAAUAAUAGUUUAUUGAGCUAAAUAAAUUACCUUUUUUUUGGUAAGAUAAGUU